AUGAAAAAACACCUAUUGAAACCAGUGCGAAUAGAUGCAGGUUUGGGCAACCCACCUAGUCGCUAUGUGUCCAACAGAGUUGAGUGCGUCAACAGUCUUUUAAAGCGAGAAACGGAACGCAAAGAAUCCCCGGUCGACCAGUUCGUGAAAACAAUGCAAGGUACUGUAUGAUUAAAUAGUAAUUUCACUAAAUAGGCCUUUCCGGUAAUUACGGCUAUCAUUGUUUUAAACUUAGGACCACUUUAAAUGUAAUGGAGUAGCCUGCUACGAAGCUAGAAAUACCGCCUGCCCAGAAACUACACAUUAAUUCUGAGUUCCGCCCACCGAACACAUGGUCCCGCCCAUCUUUACAGUAAUAAUGUCAUAAUGUAUUUAAUUUAAUUAUUUGUCAAACUCACGUAUUUGCACCAGUGCAAAUAUCCGGCUUUCACGUUUCAUAUCUUCGGUUCAUUCAAUGCUAUGAAAACAAAAAUACCACGUUCGAUUCAGUGUAACAAUAUGUCCUCAUUCAUAGCGAUAGUUUUAGUCGAUGUCAACAUUAUAGCGACUUAUGAGCUUUGAAAGUCAAGCGAGUUCGUGUAUUAUCAAAUUACGCAAUUGUCUGAACAAAAAUAUAGACUAGCCAUACCUUUCGCCGAACAUAACUUCGGCCGUUACUUUGUUCCAAUCGCUAUCAAAAACACUACUUAGAGUGUCAUUUACGAGCCUGUAUCUUCAAGUCUGCACUUUUAUCACGGUAUCACAUCUAUCAAGCAACACAGUGUUGGAUUGAUAUUCGUUAUUCAUUCUUCAGGAGGAAGCGAUUUCCGAUUCCAGAUGAAGAUUAAAGAAUUCAACGCUUAAUUCUCAAAUAAUACAUUCGUUAUUUUUUGGUUAGUGUAUGCCAUCACUCGAUAUAUCGGUAUCAAUUUACGAAAAUAACAAGGUUUAUAAAUAUACCGCAACAGUAACUUCUAAAAUUGGCACUAAUUAUUCUAAUUCUUUCCUCCUGUCAAUCAAAAAUUCAAAAUCAACAUAUUCUGACCAAUCUGAAUGCUCCGGCAGGUUUUUAGCCAAUCACGUAUUUUCAGUCCACCAGUGGACUGGCAAACGAAAUCAUAUAGAAACCCGGCAGACGGUUUUUCUCGCCCUCCCGCCUAACUUUUCCCGCCCUAUUUUUCCCCGCCCGCAACCUCCCCUAAAAACCGUCUGCUACGCAGGCUAGGAAUGGAGCAAAACAUUCUUCUUCAACGCUAGUUGUGACGUAAUUACCGGAAAGGUCUAUUGCUCUGUUAGUGCAAGUCUCCAGAGCAUUAUAUCAGUUUAUAACAUUAUACAUUUGGGGCAAGAAAAAAAUAUGGGAGAGCCGAAAGAACGCCUACCAAUUGUGUUCAAUUGACAACACUAGAACUUGCUUACGCCAGCAGUUCUGUAUAGUUUUUCUUGGGGGGGGGGAUUAAAAAUCUCGUACUCGAUGUAGUACUUUCGGUAGUGUAACAGCAUUUUUAUUAUUCUUGCUUGCAUUAAUUGUAGAUAUGAUUGAACGCCAGUCUCGGAAUGUGGAGUGGGCUAUCAUAGAUAAAGGUCCAUUUCAAUUGCACCCUUCCUUAAAUCAUUUUAUCCUUCCUGCUGAAGUAUGGCUUUCAAUGGAAGUCAAUGAGAAAGAAUCUUAUAUAAAAAGGGUUAUGAGCAGUUCUGUAACAGAUACUGUUUCGGAAGAUUACCAGGAGACUGCUUGUUUCCCAAGCAAACUUAUUCCAGAAGGUCUUCCACCAGAACCUUUCCCAGACGAUAUUUCAACCGAACCUAUCCCAUAUGAUUUUCCAACAGAAUUUGACCAAGUACAUUUUCUAUCUCCUCUUGAUGUUCUGGCAAAUGCUGCAUUAUCCGAUUCAGUCCAAGAUACUACAGGAGCACGUGUGUCAAAUAUGUCUCUGACAUUUUCUGAAUUCCGUGUCUACCUUCAUGGACAGCCCCAAGAAACGGUGAGGGGUAUGUGGGAUAAAGCAGUACAACUUGUUUCAUCGCCAGGAAAGAUGUCACCUGCCCCAGGUUGCGCCCCAACCUCGAGAAUGGUAGCAAGCCAUCGGUUCACGGACCGGCCACAUCUCGUCACGAAGGGGAAGGCAAAAGAUGAAUACAAAUGCGAAAAAAGCUGUCCUCACUGGAAUGGGAUAAAGAUCUGCUGGAGAUUUAUCGAAAUUUCUCGUGUGGUACAAGCAGAAAAGAAGUGCCAAAGCAGCAAAUUUGUCCGCGGUUGUGCGUACAGACAUGCCACAACAUCCCGGAAAAAAAGGCGGUGUACCUGUUACAUCAAGAAGAGCAACUCCUAAACUACCCGUUGAUGCACGACGAAAGCGCACAUACAGUAAAUCUACUGAAAGUUCGUCUACUGUAACAGAGGUACCAAAUACAAACCCAUUCUACGUUAAAAAGAUGAACAUUCGAAUUGAAGUAUGCCAAGGAUGCAGGGGUCCUCUGAAGUCGGCAGGGAAAGAAAUUCAGCCCCCGCCGUUCGAUUACUGUAUUGCGAGGAGGGAAAGACGACCAUACAGGGGUGACAAUGGCCAACUGAAAACUCCAUCCCGACAGUCAGAUGCACAUUAUCACCUGCGAGCAGCAUGCGUUAAAGCUGCAGAAACGUCAUUUGUAACAUCUUCUCUUGUGAUACCGACGACAUCCAGCUAA